AUGAACAAUUCUGGAAGUGAAAAAAAAAAAUCAAAAACGAGUUCCCGCACGUCGGAGGGCGAACAAUGUGAUGGAGUCACCGCGCAGGAAUCCCAGGGGAACGUCUCCAGUGGAGAGAGUAAAAGCGAAGAGGACAACUCAGGUGUAGAACGGCACUCUUAUAACGAACACAGCUAUAGUAGCCAAUCAGAUGUGAGCAGCCUACACAGCGGAGACCUCGAAGAACAAAAGUUCACACGGGGGAGGUCGAGCGGCAGCCCGUUCGAAAUGACGCCGGAAGAAAGGAAGUACUGCAUGAAGGUGUAUAUGAAAAAUUCAAGCGACCAGUUUGACAGAAAAGUUAUGAUUUUAAAAAAUGACAAAAUUUAUUUUUACAACUCUGAGUAUUCCAUAUCAUACGAUUCCUUUUACUUCCUCAUGGAAAUAAAAAAAAUAUUCUCGUGCGAUGGUUUCUUCGACUCACUCAUCAAUUCGCAACGGAUAAGUGUUGUUAACUCUACUUACUCCUCCACGGAGGAUGAGGAGUUUAACUCCAGGAGCGCUGGCAGCUUUUCAUCCGAGAGCGGCUGGCAGAAGUGCGGCUUCGACGCGAAAAUAAUUUUCCACAACGCGCUGCGCAAAAACAUACAGCUCAUGUUCAUUGAUGAGUCAUACGAAAAAAUGGUGAGCAGGAUAAACAGCUCCUUAGUGCACGAAACGGACAGGACAUUCGAAUAUACACACUUGAGUUAUGAUGAGGGUGUGGAAAGAGACCUACUCUCCCAUUAUCUGCAACCAAAUGUGAACGAACAAGGAGAUAGUUCUAGUAGCUUCAGCUCCAAUGACAGCAACAGUUCAUUUCCGAAUGGUGAGUCACUUGGGGAAUCGAGCAGCGAAAGGCAGAGUGACACGCCAAGUGAUGCACGAAGUGAUCAUCGUUGUGACUCGCACAACGGCCGUUUCGUGGAGGUGACGGAGGACGACUCUGGCAGGGAUGCCACUCGUUCGUACGAAAAAUUCAAUUCGAGCAACGAGAGGGAAGUCCCACACAGCGCAGGUGAAAAAUCCGAACGUCAGAAGGACACAUGUCCAACUGGCGCGGGCGAUGGAGAAAACCUGCUGAACAAAAUUCUCGAAGACAAUCAAGACCUUCUGCAGAGGAAGAAAAGUGAAACCCAAGGAAAUCUCAAGAGGUACCCAAAUUUAAUCGAGUACAAGUAUUCCUCAAGCACCACAGACAUCUACGUGGAAAGUGACGGGGAAAGGCCAAACGUCCCAGCUAGCCAAAGCGAAAUUAUGAACAAUUCUGGAAGUGAAAAAAAAAAAUCAAAAACGAGUUCCCGCACGUCGGAGGGCGAACAAUGUGAUGGAGUCACCGCGCAGGAAUCCCAGGGGAACGUCUCCAGUGGAGAGAGUAAAAGCGAAGAGGACAACUCAGGUGUAGAACGGCACUCUUAUAACGAACACAGCUAUAGUAGCCAAUCAGAUGUGAGCAGCCUACACAGCGGAGACCUCGAAGAACAAAAGUUCACACGGGGGAGGUCGAGCGGCAGCCCGUUCGAAAUGACGCCGGAAGAAAGGAAGUACUGCAUGAAGGUGUAUAUGAAAAAUUCAAGCGACCAGUUUGACAGAAAAGUUAUGAUUUUAAAAAAUGACAAAAUUUAUUUUUACAACUCUGAGUAUUCCAUAUCAUACGAUUCCUUUUACUUCCUCAUGGAAAUAAAAAAAAUAUUCUCGUGCGAUGGUUUCUUCGACUCACUCAUCAAUUCGCAACGGAUAAGUGUUGUUAACUCUACUUACUCCUCCACGGAGGAUGAGGAGUUUAACUCCAGGAGCGCUGGCAGCUUUUCAUCCGAGAGCGGCUGGCAGAAGUGCGGCUUCGACGCGAAAAUAAUUUUCCACAACGCGCUGCGCAAAAACAUACAGCUCAUGUUCAUUGAUGAGUCAUACGAAAAAAUGGUGAGCAGGAUAAACAGCUCCUUAGUGCACGAAACGGACAGGACAUUCGAAUAUACACACUUGAGUUAUGAUGAGGGUGUGGAAAGAGACCUACUCUCCCAUUAUCUGCAACCAAAUGUGAACGAACAAGGAGAUAGUUCUAGUAGCUUCAGCUCCAAUGACAGCAACAGUUCAUUUCCGAAUGGUGAGUCACUUGGGGAAUCGAGCAGCGAAAGGCAGAGUGACACGCCAAGUGAUGCACGAAGUGAUCAUCGUUGUGACUCGCACAACGGCCGUUUCGUGGAGGUGACGGAGGACGACUCUGGCAGGGAUGCCACUCGUUCGUACGAAAAAUUCAAUUCGAGCAACGAGAGGGAAGUCCCACACAGCGCAGGUGAAAAAUCCGAACGUCAGAAGGACACAUGUCCAACUGGCGCGGGCGAUGGAGAAAACCUGCUGAACAAAAUUCUCGAAGACAAUCAAGACCUUCUGCAGAGGAAGAAAAGUGAAACCCAAGGAAAUCUCAAGAGGUACCCAAAUUUAAUCGAGUACAAGUAUUCCUCAAGCACCACAGACAUCUACGUAAGGCAGAGGAAAUAUUUUGCAAAAAAAAAAAAAAUAAAAGUCCGCAAGGAAAACAAAAUGAAGCUUUUCAAAAAUAUCGACAAGAAUGACAUUUACAAUUUAUUUUAUGAAGAAAUUUGUAGACUCUGCAAAAAAAAAAAUAACAACAUUUCGAAGACCAAUUCGGACGACCUGUUUUUCCACAAGUAUGUGAAUAAGCUGUACCACACGGCCAACCUGGGAUAG